CUUUAGCUAUUGAUAUCCCCAGCAUGAUUCUCCAAGACGUUGUAGACCAGAUCAUGGAAAAGAGACACAGCUUUCUAGACAUGACUGCGCUCGUUUAGAACAUCCGCUGCCUGCACCGUACACGGACACCGUACAGAGAGAUUAGAAGUGAGUGAAAUUAACAGUGCUAGGCUAUAUAAUAUAUCUAAUUCUGGGAAAACCUCUGCGCAUAUAACACAUUUCCAUGCGCUCGUGUGAAAGGUAAACAGGAGAGUCGUAUAUUAUAUCUGUAUUUGGAGGGGAAAAAACUAACUAAUAAUGGUCAAAAAACGAACGGAUGACAUGACAGACAACUUCAAGAACGAGAUGAGAGUGAACAGGCUGACGGUCGCAUUCCGUUACUCCAAAGACGCACUCGAGAACGUCAGAGAAUGAAAAGAGCUCCAGAAUACAGCCACACAGAUUGACAGGUUGACCACUGAAAGUCAAGAUGGCCCACCUUUUCCUAGCCAGCAAAAUCUCUAUUCCAGAUGACUCUAUCAAUAAAAAUGCACCGAAAGUCCCCAAAAGCGCCAUGAAAAUGCCCACAUCUACCUCUGAGAAAGUCACUACAGAGAAAUCCAACAACAACAACCACAACAAGAAGGACCGUAGCGUUGUAGUGACGACCGUCCCAUUAAUCAACGAGGUGCAGCUGACAGCGGCCACUGGCGGGGCAGAGAUGUCGUGCUACCGGUGCACCGUGCCAUUUGGCGUGGUGGUCCUUAUCGCCGGUAUUGUGGUAACGGCCGUGGCGUACACGUUCAACUCCCACGGCUCCACCAUCUCGGUGCUGGGGCUGGUUCUGCUGUCAGCUGGACUAGCCCUCCUCGGGUCCAGUGCUGUCUGCUGGAGGGUCCGGCUUGGGAGGAAGAAGGACCGGAGGAGGGAGAGUCAGACGGCCCUCAUGGCCAACCAUGGACUAUGCGUGGUCUGAGCCCUGAGGGAAGAGAGGGACUGUUAAAGUUUGAAGUUUCAACUAUUUGUAGUCAAGGUGCCGCUGUGGCCUGAGGGGACGACAUGGACAGUGGAACAGUGGGACUGUUAAAUGGAACAAUUUGAAGUUUGAACAAAAAGGUAUCGAAUGACAAGAGACUGGAGAGAGUUGAGGGAUGUCCGAGCUGGUUGGGUAUGAAGGACUCACACAUGAUCAAAAACAGAUGCUUAGCUGAAGGACUAGAAUGGGCUAGAAAGUCUAGCUGCUUUGUAGGUGAGAUACUAUCCGGAGGGACUAUAUGCCUAGAAAGCAGGAGUUGGAACUGAAAUUAAUUUCCAAAUGUUGACCCAUAUUUUUGUUCAUUCUGUUCCGCUGUUACGACCAGCAAAAUAAAGUUCUGAACUGGUUCGAACCCCCAAAAAGUACAGUUUUAUAUCGUUCCAAUCUGUUCCUUCAAAUCAACAUUUAGUUUGUUAAAUGACUUUACCAAUCAGUGUGGAUAGAGCAGGCAAGCUAGGUGACAAACAAGUGGCGUAAGAUGCGACUGAAAUAUUGCGGAGAGAGCGACAGAGGGUUGAGGAAGAGGCUUGAAGUGCUAGGCAUCUUGUUAUGACAUGCAUGAUCUGAAUUUAGGUCCACAGAAUUAUACCUAUGAGGAGCGGCUUCUAUGGAGGAACAUUGAAUGUUGUUUGAGCUAGUUAGCUAACAAGUUUGAGCUAGCUAUCUAACAAGCUUGUGUAUGCACCAGAAUUUUAAAAAUACGUCUUACCUUUUUGUAGUUAAUAAAUCCAAUGUGAAACGUGAUAGCUAGGCAUUUAGUAUCUAGCAUUGAACAAGUUCAUCCAUUCUUCUCUAACUGAUUAAAAAUCUCUCUCCCUAUCUUCUGAAUUCCGCUUGUAAAGUCAGUCAGUAGCCUAUGCUAACGUCAGUACAGAAGCCUAUGCUUCGGAGGGGGGAGGGGCAGAUAGCCUAAACACACACAGACACAUUUUCAGUUUGCAGGCAGACACUGGAAUAGGUUUCUGAGUGACAGAGUGAGGGCUUUGCAUAGGUGCUUUGUUGUGUUUAGAUCUUCUUCUUUUUUAAAUGCUUGGAACAUAAAAUAACGUUAUUAACCGGUUCCCAUGCUUUUAAAAUAACGGUUCUGUUCCGGAACAGUAUGGAUCCCUUUCGUUCCCGGUUCUGUUUCUGUUCCUUGUAAAAUUACGUUAUUUUCCGUUUUUUCGGUUCUGUUCCCUGAACCGGUUCCAACCCCUGCUAGAAAGACUAGCUGUUCUGUAGCUAAAAUACUAUCUGAAAUUCUGGUGGUUUGUUCUCCCUGGACAUUUGAAAAGACCAGGAUCAAGAUCAUGGAGGUAAAUAAGGGAGUAUCCAAAGAUGAGUUAUUGGACAGUAAGGAUGAAGUAGGGUGAAGUUGCCCCUAGAUUCUAAUCUUGAGUCAUUUUUGCAUUUUCCUCACUAAUGGUUAAGGUUAGAUUGGGGGAGGAGAAGCUGAUCCUAGAUCUGUACCUAGGAGAAACUUCAUCCUGGAGCAGAAAGGAUUGUUAGACGGUGGACCAUGAUUCUCCAUUCUACUAUUCUCAUGCACAUCACGUGAUGUAUCUGUGACUCUAUUGCUGCUCUGUUGAUGUUUCAAGUGAACAUUUAAUAGGUACUUAAUGUUAUGUUUUAGAAAAGUAGUAGACUGGCUGACUUUUCAUGGUCAAAGCUCACUAUGACAAUGUAAAGUGAACUUGUAGGAAGUGAUUGCCUAAUGAAGUCAAAGUAUCUCUCUCAAGUUCGAUAUGCACAGCUUUUAAUGCUUCCCUUUAAAACAGUGCUCAUCAUUUUAAAUAACAAUACAAUAUACCUUUGUAACUGCCUAGUAUGCAUACAAUUGAUUCAAUUAAUACAUGUUGUGCCAAAUGUGCAGUUUUUCAUUGUUUAGACCAGAGCUGUGGCUAAGCAAGUUGUGGUUUCAUUGAAAAUUGUUAACAAAUAUAGCAUUGUACCCUGGUAAAGUUGUAUUUUCAUGCUAUUUAUGACAUAUCCAUUGACAUAUAUUUGGAAUAUUUGUGCCAAUAAACUUAAGACACAAAAUGAA